CUGAGACUGACUUCCACGUCGCGUUGGUGUCGUGCAUGAACUAUUGCUCGUCGUGCUUCUGAGUUACAGGAAUGCAGUGUAGUCCGAGGUGUCGUAUAAACUACCCAAUCGGUCGUCCAAUUCCAAAUCCGGUUUUUUUUCCGCACUGUUUGUUUUCGUGUAAAAUGAUUUAUGGAGCUACAGCCGGUCGGUCGAAAAUUUGUCCUUCGUACAACGGAAGAUUCUGGUUGUUGUUAUCACAUCGUUCACAAAGCGCUUCGUCCUACCGAUAUAGCAUUUUUCUUUUCCCUUGUACUUUUCAUGAAGUUGGAUAGAGCCCUAAGUUCAUCUUCUUUCACGACCUUGAAAACAACAGUGCUUACUCCACAUGCCCCCCUCAUCGCACAACUACAACGACCCAUAGCUUUUUACGUACGUGUAGAGUGUACAAAAGAACUAUCACCCCCAUAUUUUUAGAGCUUUAGCAAUACAAAUCCCCCUUACAACGUAAAAGAAAAGCCACAUCAAAACUGCUACUCCUCCUCUCCCAAAAGUCAGAGUCAAAUAAGGCAAACCAAGCAAGCUUUUUUUUUGACUUUGUUUCGAGUCACUGUUCGAUCGAUUUGCCGGUGCGAGUUGGUUUGUCACAAAUACUAACUUCGCAUUCGACGAAUCUAACCGAGACUCGUCCGACAUGGGAGGCGCUUGCGCAUCGAAGCAAGCGGUAGCAGCAGCGGAACCCGCUGCGGCAGCUCCGAAAGCCGAGAAAGGUACGAGAAAUUAUGGAGAGAAAAAAGUUUGUCACAGUCACUAUCUUGCAGGUUUUGCAUUACAAAUUUUCUCAGCAUCACAAACUUUCCUUGUAUUGCAGAAACACUAGGGAAAUCCCUAAUGAAGUUUGGCUGUGAUGCAUUUUUACGCAUGACAAACAAUUUUGUAUUGCAGGAAUGCGCAUGAGUGAUCGUGACGAACUUUUUUUCUUUGAUAGAAAUGGUAGUAACAACAAUAAUUCUGAUAACGAAAGUACUCCCCCACCUCCGUUGAAGUUCAACGAUGAGAGCAUUCCAAAAAUAAUAAUACACCCCCCAGUGCCCACGCCCGAGCCGAGCAGCGCGAACGCCAUCACACCGCAGCAGAGUGUAUGGAAAGGAAAAACUGUUUCACUGUAGUAAACUUGUGAUUGGCAUAGAAUGCAAGAACACAGACGCGUUUGGCUUGCUACACAUGCAAGACAGUGAUUGGGUUUUGAAACGUGUUUAUUUCUCGUAGGAAGUACGCAUUGCAAGUUUUCUCUGUCAUGUGUACUGAACUUGUGAUGCAAAACCUGCAAAAAAAUCCUUGCAGUGAAACAUUCCUUUCCCUCUCCAUACUCCGCGGACGUCGCUAUCCCCCGUGAGGAGUCCAAACCCGCUGCCCCGAUUCCGACCGGGAAAUUCACCGAGGAUGCUAUCCUAUGUAAAAACGUCCCCACCCCAUAGUUGUCAUGCAUAUGUGCAAUGUACAGGAAGAUUUGUAAUGCGCAUCUCCAUGAGGGACAUUUCCAGUCGUGUUUCGGACUUUGUAAAUAUAAUGCUGUAAACAGGAUGAGAAGCUGGGUUUCUCAUGCGGCUGCCCUUGCUAACCAGCACUACACUGCAGAUGGAAAUUUGUGAUGCACAACUCACAAAACUUGGAGAUUUGUGUUGCAGCCUUCCCAUCUUGAUUCUGGCGCGGGGACGUAGUUUUUACUCAGGAUAGAUGCGUACUUUGAGCUACCGGAAGGCGUCGCUGCCGAAGAGGUCACCAAGUUUCACUCGGCCGUGCGGUGGGGCAUAUGCAUUGCAAACGUAUCUUGCUGGUAGAAGUCCUUGCAGUCUUGCAUGACAAAGCUGGUUUCUGUAGGCAAUGCACCACGACAAGUUCCAAUUCCAUUUGUCAUGCUGAGCAAAUUUGUGUUGCCAUUACUCCUAUCACGCUACUUUAACUUUUGCAAUGCAUAGGGCAAGCCGAUCGCGGAUUUGGAGCCGUUUUUGGUAGAGGACAUGGGCGGAAAACCGGAUUUGCUCAACGCCGCUGAUUAUCAAAUGCAAAAAUGUCUGGGUCUGGAAGAAUGCAACUUGUAAUGCGUAUUUCAGAACACCAUGCAUACGUAGCAAAAGCUCCCACUUUUUGUCAGAAAAAUAGGGGACUUGUCAUGCGGAUUCGGCAUUGCGGAAGGUUCUCCAAACCUGUGAUGCUAGAGCUUCCAUGCCAGCCCUUCUGGGUAAUGCAAAAACAGCAUGACUCUUCCAGACCCAGACAUUUUUACAUUUGAUACUGAUCAGAAGAACGGGAACCGGGCCGUGCACAUCGCCGCGCAGAAUGGGCAUGAGGAGAUCACGAAGUGGCUGAUUGGCACGCUGAGUGCGGAUGCGAACGCGCAGAAUCGGAAGGGGCAGACGCCGUUGCACAUGUAUAAAAUUGUGUUGAAUGAACGUGCUUCACCUUUUUAUGCAUGACAAACCACGGUUCUGAAUGGUACACUCUGCAUCACAAAUCUAUAUGGCAAAUCAGGUCUAUCGAGUACGACUUUUACUUUCAAAACGUUUUUCUCCUGACGUCCGGCGCGGACCAAACCUUAACCAACGCGGACGGGCACCCGGCGAUGUUGGGCAUCGACGGGAAAUAUGCAUUGCAAAUAUGUCUGGGUCUGGAAAGUUGGAACUUGUAAUGCUGGUCUUGCAUUCCUGUCAGAUCUGUAUUGCAUGACUCACAAAAGUCGCAGCCUCUACUGUCAUACAAAAACGCAGUUUCUCAUGCGGAGCGCGUAUGAGGAAGCGUUUUGCAAACGUGUAAUGCGUUCCUGCAUGAGGGAGCGUUUUCGUCAUGCACAUUUCAGCAUCACAAAUUUCCAGACCCAGACAUAUUUGCAUUUGAUAGGAAAAAAUCCGGGGUGGAGGCCUGGGAUCACGCCAUGCAGAAGCUGAAGGCCGUCCGGGAUGAAGCGAGUAUGGAAGACGCGUUUGCGGCACUGGAAGCGUGCACGGAUGAACUGGACAAGGGCAUGCUGGGCAUGACGGGGAUGAAGAAAAAGAAGCAAUACAAGGAGUGGUGGGAUGUGAAACGGUUCACGGAAAUCAUGUCGAAGUUUUGAUGAUAAAGUAAAAACCAAAUGGAAUGGAUCGAUAAACGACAUAUGAAACCGUUUGAGUUUUGACAAGACAUCUACAGGAGCCUGUAGUUCUGCUGGGGGUUACUAUUUAUGAAUUGUAAAAAAUGCACCAUCUAGUAUAGCACGUGCUGUAGUUACAACACAUUAGUCGCGCGCAGCCACGAAGAUCCGAUUUCUGACCAAUCAUCCGCCGGCCGAAAACUUUAUCUGGGGCAAGUAGCUUGCUUCUCAACAGGAAAAGGCAUAGACCUUAAAAGUACUAAGUAGUACUCUAGAAAGUAGUUAUUUCGCGACCAUUUAUGAUACCUAUGAUUUUAGGAAGUAGAAGAUACUCAUUCUCGCCGAUCUACUACGUCUACCCACGAAGGAACUUGAGAAUACAACUUUUUACGCCUGCACAUUGCUUGAGCUUCACGCCUGUACAAUAUUUUGAGCAACGACUCUAAGUGCAUAAUUCCAAGGUAUGUCCGCAUCAUGUAUCGUCCAU